CACACAUGUUAUUUUAGAUUACAUUGCAAGCACCCAAGAACAUUGUAUGAAUCCCCCCCCACCCACACACACACGUUAUUUUAGAUUACAUUGCAAGCAUCCAAGAAGCCUGUCAUCGUAAACGGCUUAAAGGGCGCUUUGUGCAAUAUGGUGGCUCUACUCUUCCAGACUGCACAUUACACCACAAUGGUGUUGUAGACCGUGUCAGCACCAUUGCUUUGCACGGAGACACUGUAGUUGUGGCAUUGGCCCAAGGACUCGGCUGAGUUUUGAAUGUGAGGAUUAUUCAUAUUGUCAUAGAGCACACCCAUUUAGCAUUUCUGUAAACUCCUAUUACUGCACAUAGUGUUAAAUUCAUCCUGAAUCUUUUUUAUGCAUUUAAAAAAUAUAUAUUUUUACAAGGGAUUUGACCAGAGCCCAUUGGAUGAAAUGGUUCUGAGGAAGCCAAGGACAUCAGGCAAGAGUGGCAUAAAACCCACUCUUUACCAAGCAUUCCCUGUGAGUUAAACUGUCUUUUAAACAAGUUAGCGUCGCCAUUACGCUCACAAGUUGCUUUCACUUGUGUUGAAAUUGCUUGAACUAAAGUUUUACCAUCUUGGUUGACACAUCCCUUGUCUGUGUUUCAGGGCCCCUUCCUGACAUUACUGUGUCUGCUGAACAAAGUUUGAGGAGCAUGUGACCACAGCCUGCCGUUGCCACGGUGCUGCAUGGACUCAAAGAAAUUACUCUGGGUGACUCUAGAUUUGGUCCAAUGCUCCAUGGGUCAGUGCUGUCAUGUCAUUGGCCCCCAACUGUCACCUGAGAUUCUAAAACACCCAGAUGCUCCUGUGUUCCUCCAGCUCUCAGUAAAAUCAAGUAAUUUGUACAGUAAUUUAAACUUUGUACCUACUUGCACUCAGUUUUACCACUUGGAGAGCUUAAAGGUGUCACCAGCAUUGUCAUCUGCUAUUGAGAAGGACACAGUCGAGCAGUAUUGUCUGUCAACUAUGGAAGGAAAUGAGGAAACCACGUGUGAUUGCUAGCCAGUUUAGGGAGGCAUGCCACGUGCGUGGGGAAUCAUCUAGCCAGGCCCUAGCCAUGAGAAUGUUUCCAGGUGAACGGCAAACCGGAGCCAUGUGAAGGGGUCUUGAGCUUAAGGUUCUCCAGAACUACUCUGAAUGAUUUGAUGUCUCAGUCAAACGUUGUGGUUUUGUUGUGCACCCAGAUGCACCCCAUCUCGGGGCAAACCACAAUGAGAGUUUCUGGCCCUUCUGCAGCGCCGCCCUUCAGACUAGCUGACAUCCAAGUGCCUGAUGUUGAGUGUAGCUGACGUCAGGCACAUUUUCAGUUUGUCAAGGGCCAGGCCAAACUCAAACACAGCCACACAUCACUAGCAAGUCAAGGGCCAGGCCAAGCUCAAACACAGCCACACAUCACUAGCAAGUCAAGGGCCAGGCCAAGCUCAAACACAGCCACACAUCACUAGUAAGUCCAGGGCCAGGCCAAGCUCAAACACAGCCACACAUCACUAGCAAGUCAAGGGCCAGGCCAAGCUCAAACACAGCCACACAUCACUAGCAAGUCAAGGGCCAGGCCAAGCUCAAACACAGCCACACAUCACUAGUAAGUCCAGGGCCAGGCCAAGCUCAAACACAGCCACACAUCACUAGCAAGUCAAGGGCCAGGCCAAGCUCAAACACAGCCACACAUCACUAGCAAGUCCAGGGCCAGGCCAAGCUCAAACACAGCCACACAUCACUAGCAAGUCCAGGGCCAACUGCCUGUAACCGGUUUAGUUUAGUACGACUUCACUACAAGCACUAGAAGUGCCAUUACAGUAGAGAGAGUUUGGAGAGAUGAUUAUUUUGUAGCGGAGAUGAGGAACCUGACCUCUACACCUACAGGGAUGUUUAGAUAACUCAUCAAAGUUGUAUGCAGAGGAAUUGUAUUUUUAAUUGUUUUGUUCUUUUGUCCAUCCCAUGUGGCUCAGGUGGUAGAGCAUGAGGCUUGUAACUCCAGGGUUGUGGGUUCGAUUCCCACGGGAACACAAGUAUCAAUGUAUGCAGUCACUACUGUAUGUCGUUCUGGAUAAGAACAUCUGCUAAAUGACUUGGUGUUAAUUAGUGAGUUACUGAUGUAAUUGUGAUUUUUAUUUUAUGACAAUGUGUCACCAAUGUAUUUAUUGAAUAAAAUCUUCAAAGAAAGUUCUCUCUUUAACAAACACUACAUCCCAAAAACCCAUGUUAUUAAUAACCAUUUUAUCAGUACAUAUUCCAUAUAAAAAUGAUCCCGAAUUCAUAUAUUGUUUGAACAGAUCAAUUUAAUAAUAAAAAAUGUACAUUGGUUUAAAGCUGUUAUUUAUCACAAUCUAAUCUAACUAAAAUAAUUUAUUUUGUGUGUCCUGCUGUGCUUGACCAUGUUUUCACACUGGCUGAUCACCCUUGAGAUCCAGAGUUCUCUGGUAAUUCACCAAUAAGCAGCAGUUGUUCCACAGUUGAUUGACAGCCUACCAGAAUGAGUGGGAUAAUCUUGUCCCAGAUACAGUGCUCUCUACUAGCAUACUGACGUGCAAUUGACUUGCUUUCGCUCUUGUCCUUCCACGUAAGCUGAGUUGCUCUCUUCAAUGGGGGAAUGAUGAGUGUUGCCCCUAGAUCUGACAGCAUCCUCUCUGACGAACCCCUCGUCUUCCAUGCAUCCAUCACCAGGCUCGGGGAUUCCCGAGAGACUCGUGAAGAGUUUGGAUACAAAAGUGAUGCCUCAACGAGGGUGUGAUCCCAAUCAGGCACAUCUCAGAUCUGUGCAGUCCAGGUUAACUCUGACCUCUGGACAGUACACCUGGAACUGAUCCUAUGGCAUCUAAAUGGGCGCAGAGCCUGAGACAAGAUGCAGGUCGUUGGUCCAGGUUAUUAUAAUGCGGUUCAUUUGAAGGGACAAAGAUGUCCGCCAACACGUUCUCCAGCCCAGUUGUUACUCCACAGCAUUACAGAAAUAAUUUGUCAAUGAGUGGCAGCUUCCUGUUGGGGCUUGGUGUUGCACUUCCUAUUCCAGUCUUCUGUGCCUUGGACCAGUAGAUUCAUCCUGGAGGUCAGAGGGGGCAGUAGACUCCCAGAACACCAUGAAGAUCUUCUCUGAAUGGAACCGGUUAUAGGAACCUGAAGUCCUCAUUGGCUGCACAGAAUUUUUGGAGCUGGAUGUGUACAAAAAAUCUGUUGGAUAAAACUGUUAAAUAAAGGUGAAAUAAAAUAAAUUGGACUUAUAGCGCUUGUUUCUUGAUUCCAUCCAAUGCAGCAUUCAACACACCUAUGAUCAAUUGUAUAUUGAACAACAUCAAAAAUAGAUGAACAAUUGGGUGGGUCUUGGAUUGCUUAGGCCCACCCAAUUGGGAGCCAGGCCCGGCCAAUUAGAAUGAGUUUUUCCCCACAAAAGAUAUUUAUUUAAGAGAAAUGCUCCUCACUUUCGUCAGCUGUCCGGGUGGCUGGUCUCAGACGAUCCCGCAGGUGAAGAAGCAGGAUGUGGAGGUCCUGGGCUGGCAUGGAUACACGCGGUCUAAUGUUGUGAGGCCGGUUGGACGUACUGCCAAAGGAGGGGCUCAAGUUGGAGUGCAGAGUGGGAAAAAAGACAUGCAACCUGGCUAGCCAGUUAGCGCAAUACAGCUAAUGUAAUACCUGAACUAUAGCAACUGUUUGCAGAACUACAACACCAACCAUCUGGAAAACCUAAGUUCACGUUACUCACCCGGGAGAGGAGGGCUUAGUCAUGGGCCUCUGUAGUCAGUGCAGAGGGACCAACACUUGUGAAUAGCUGAGAAAUCCACCUCCUGUUCCCAGCUCUAUCAAAGGGAGAGACCCAAGAAUGCAGGCUCCCUCCCCAGUUCCAGGAGAACCGACAGGGAACGGUCCCCGUCUCAGUAACACCCCAGUGUAUGACCUGCUCAAGGCCGAGGGCCAGGCGCACCAACCCAACUUUACGUUCCGCGUGUCCGUGGGAGAGAUCAGCUGCACCGGCCAGGGGCCCAGCAAGAAGGCUGCCAAACACAAGGCAGCAGAGGCCGCCCUGAAGAUGAUGAAAGGAGGUCUAGGGGGACCAGUGGUGCUGGGAGAAGGAUUGGGAGAAGGGUUUAUUGGGCCGGAAGAGCCUUUGGAUGGGGACAGUUCUCCGUCAGAGAUGAAGACUUCAGGUAGCGGCACGUCUCAGCAGUCAGAAUGCAACCCUGUGGGAGCUCUGCAGGAGCUGGUGGUUCAGAAAGGCUGGCGUCUGCCAGAGUACACCGUGACCCAGGAGUCGGGGCCUGCCCACCGCAAGGAGUUCACCAUGACAUGCCGGGUGGAGAGAUUUGUUGAAAUUGGCAGUGGCACAUCGAAGAAACUAGCCAAGAGGAAUGCAGCAGCUAAGAUGUUGUCCAGGAUCCACGAUGUUCCUGUAGACCUGAGGAGCAGCCACGAGACUGAGCCUGAGGAUGACACUUUUAUCAUGAACAUGGGUGGGGGCAGGGUGGAGGCAGGGAAGUGUAAAGGUCUGGGCUGUACCUGGGACUCUCUGAGGAACUCUGCUGGGGAGAAGAUGCUGCAGCUAAGGAGCCACCCUCUGGGCAUGCCCAGCUCUGACUUCUGCUCUCUGCUACACGACCUCUCAGAGGAGCAGCGCUUUGACGUCAGCUACCUCGACAUAGAGGAGCGCAGUCUGAGCGGUCUAUGCCAGUGUCUGGUAGAGCUAUCUACUCAGCCAAUCACGGUGUGCCACGGCUUCGCACCCAAUCAGGACGGUGCCCGCGCCAGCGCAGCCCACAAUGCACUGCAAUACCUCAAAAUCAUGGCUGGGGGGAAGUGACUGUCUCCCAGACCAACCUCUCUCCAUGGCAACGACCUAGACCCUGAUCACAUGACACAUCCGCCUCGGAGGGUGGAAGCAUCUUCCAACCAAUGGUGGUCAAGGGAAUUACCCAUGAUGUGGGAAUUGGAAUUUGUCUGUCCCCCCCACCGCCCUGUAGUUCUAUCUGGUCUGUUCAUUCCUAAAUGCCCCCUGAAGAUAUCCCACAUAGCCCUAGAUAAUUUGUCCCUAUGCCUUGAAGAUAUCCCACAUAGCCCUCAAUGACCUCUUGAUUGGCUACACCAUUUAUUUGGAUGGUCAGUCAGUCACCCACCUCCUCUGCUGUCACAGGCCUAGAGAGAUACUCUGCAGGGAAAGGGCCAAAUGCAUUUGACAACAACCCCCCGUUUCACUGUAGCCUCAUUGACUGUUUUAUUUGUUUUGCCACAUCUACAGUGAUUGGCUUUGGUUGCCUUUUCAUUAGCUAGUAAGUACUUUGUCGUCAACCAAAAAUACCUCUUCUCCCCCCCCCCCCGUUGAAGAAGUCUUGGCCUGAAUGAAGUCUAAUUUUGGACAUUGAAAAGUGGACCUUUUAACAACAUGAAUUCUUAAAUUAUAGACUUGUGUACUUUUAUUGCCAAGUAGACAAGAUCCAGCCCGUCUGUCUGUCUUAAGUAAUUGACUUUUUAAGAAGAGUCAUCUGAUAACUGUUAAAAAGGUGUACAUUUUUAAAUUGCUUAACAUCUGAAAUGCAAAAUGUUGAGUUUUGGAAUUACAUUUAACAUUGUACUUUACCAUUGAUUAUUUUCUUUGUUAGACCUCACAAAACCUUGUUUUGAAAUUGUGAAUAGAUUACUGUGAUUUAAAAUGAGUAAGUUUAAUGUUAAUAGCUGGUUGCUCUCGUAAAACUGUGUCAAUGGCCCCUCAAUGAAUGGAUAAUAUCACUUCCAUUCAACUGUUGUGAUUGUUAAUGUCUGAAAUGGACCAUCUAAUUAGCCCGUGUGCCAGUCUGUUCAUCUUACUCACUACUUAUGGAAUUGCAAUGUUAACACAAUGACAAUAGAGUAGGCCGAAAGCACAAACAGAUCUGGGACCAGGCUAGCAUCGAAUUUGAGAUGGAAUUGUAUCGCUGCAUUUAAUAUAGUAGAUCAUCUAAGUUGGAUUCUCUUGCACAACGGCUGACUAAUCUGCUCCUCUACUUCCUGUUACAUGCUAAUGGUAUAUAGACUGAACUCUUAUAUCCUCCCAUGUUUACUCCCACCAGUUGAUAGUCAAGCCUUCGUGGUUUCAUAUGGGAGGUUGAGUCAAGAAUAGUAUUGGUAGCGAGUGCCAGAAGAAUACUGGGUGACUAUUGGUCGCUGCUACAUCUCAUGAUGAGCAAGCAGUGAGAGAAACACACAACGUACCGCAUCUGAUUAGUUGGGUUUAAAUGUGGAAGACCCAUUUCAGUUGUUCAACUGACUAGGUAUCCUCUCUUUUCCCAUGUUUGACAAUUGUGUGGUCCAUCUGUUUUAAUUUGUUCCUUUUUUAAAUAAAAUACUUGAUUUCAGUGCAAAUAAAA